AUAUCUAUUGCCAGUUCAAUAGCAAGUUCAGAGUUAACUGACUCUAGUGACGUUGAUUAUUUUGAUGAUGGUAUGAUGGAUGAUGAUGAUGAAGAAGAUUUUGUAAAUCCUCUUAUACUAAAAGACAUUGAACUAAUUAAGGAGCUACACGGUGACAACUGCAUUGAACACAAAUUGCAUGCUGGAAUCAAUGAGAUGGACAUACUCCUCUACAUUGAUAUGGGGUUCCUUGAUGGGCACACUGCCUCAGCCUGGGGCGUGGACUCCAGCAUACCAAUCGUCCUUCACUUCCACUUUCAAUCUGCCAGUGAGUAUUUGGAUGGGCCAGAGCCAAAGGUUGAAGUGUAUCAGAGCUCAAUAUCGAGCAAAGAGAAGAGAAAGUUUGGAUUGGGAACACAAAUACAAAAAAUUGUUGAGACAUUCAUUUCCAUUAAUUGGAGAAGCACUUCAAACUAUCACCUGAAACAAGAAUAUGAAAAAGUUUCUUCCACCGAUGAAUCAAAAGCCACACCUACAAACACACCCCCUUCAAGCAUACCAGAUGAAUCAAGCAACUCUCAUAAACUGUUAUUAAUGGGAUUCUCCCCAUCAUCAGUGAGACAAGCUCUUGUAAUGUGUGGAGAGAAGAUAGAGAGAGCCAUUCACCUACUGACCACUGGAGAACUGAUUGAUGAAGAGGAGGAGGAGGGGAAGGGGCUGGAGGAAGAGGUGGUCAAGGAAAAGGAAGAGAAGCCAGUUUCUUUUAGGAGACAGGAUUCACAAGGGGCUAGAGCUACUGUGUCACUCCAUCACAGUAUUGAGGUACAUGUAUAG